AUGGAGGAAACGCAGCUACAAUUCUUGACAAAUAUCACAGCAGGUAUAUUCCAAUUAGUUAAUAUCACUUCUGCUGCGUUGGCUUUGGCUGUUUGGGAUUAUAGCCACUAUCAGUCGCUCCGCAAUAUUGCUUACUAUGGCUCACUAAUAAUAUCUGCUUCUAUCAGCACUACUAUUGUAAUUAUGCUCCUGAGAGGAAUACAUAAUAAACAGCCUUAUCUCAUGCUUCCAUUCAUCAUUUACUGCUCACUCCAGGCUGUUAUCAGUCUCAUGUUUCUUUCCUACUUUAUUACGACGGCCAUACUACAGUAUUGGUUUAGUGGUACUCUCUCUUUAUAUACUACUCAGAUGAUAGCCAUAUUUAUUUCGGCAUCACUGUAUUGGGUCAUAUCACUGUGGAUUGUUCGUGAGCAACGACAACAGAUUGAGAAGUCCGCGGAGUCGUAUCACAAAUUACUAGUAUGA